AUGAAAAAGAAAGGUUCACCAAUUGUAGCUCUCUGUUUGGCCAUGGUACUACUUUUCUUCCUUUCCGGUAUCACUCUCAAUUUCUAUGGAUCAUACACAUCAUAUUCAACAAAAACAAGAGGUUUCAUUCAUUUUCAUGAGUUGCUAGAAACAACCUAUGGCCACAAGGCUCACAACCAUUCCUCUAUUUCUCUACCUUGGAAAGGUCGGUGGCCACGCCUUGUAUUGACUAGUCAUAAAAUUAGCAUCGGAUGUGUGAUUUUGAACCAGGAUGAAGCAGCAAAAGAGGUUGGUUUUGUGGUUAUUGUAUUCGAGCCAACACUCAACACCCCUUUGCGCGAAUCAUGCGCAUUAAUGCACUCAACCCAUGUCAUAGUUGGAGUGCAUGGUGCUGCACUAACACACUCACUGUUUCUCUGCCCGGGGUCGGUAUUCGUGCAAGUCGUCCCGAUCGGAGUCGAAAGGGAGAGUGAUAUUUUCUUUGGGAAGUCAGCAAGGGAGUUGGGGUUGGAGUACACGGAGUGUAAGAUUGGAGUAGGGGAAAGCAGCUUGUUAUAG